AUGAAGCACCAUGAUUUCACUGUCACCACAUACAACAUGCUAGCCCGAAGUUUGGGCACAAACACCAUUCCCUGGGUCAUGGAUGUUUCGCCUUCCAUUCAACGCCGGAUCGAACAAGCGUCCUCGUACGAUACAUUCUCCAAGUGGGUGGACAAUGUGUUGAUGCCCGAAUACCUGCAACACUUUCACAAGAACUUUGCUUCUGGAAAUUAUGCAGCCAUGAGAAAGUUCUGGGGGGUACCAAAUUGUCAAUCAGCGAACGAUAUACCGAAGGAAUUGAAGGGACUCAAGUGGAUUGACGAGGAUCGAGUAUCUUACACGAAAAGUGAGAAUUCAAAGGAAACACAACACAUUGCAACGACAAUGAGAGGGACAUGCAGAAAGGCCCUUCCGAAUGAUUUAUUUGAUAGCUUUUUCAACGAAGUUAUAUCGAAGGAAGAAGGAGUAUAUUCCUGGGACACUCGUGGGCCACGAAUAUUUCAAACGUUACUUCUAAGCGAGCCUCCUGGUAUCAUUGCUAUCCAAGAGUACGAUUGCCAUGAUGUCCAAGCCGAAUACCGCAAACCAGGCUGUGUCGAGUCUUUUUCAGAGGCAAUGUCCGCAGUAGGAUACAGCGGAGUCUUCCUGAAGGAUCCUCUUUUGGGUAGAGGUCCACCUUCGGGUUUGGGAGUAUUUUGGAUGGAUAGUGAAUUUGAGACUUUAGCAGGCAAAACAGGUAUAGAGAGCCUUGAUUGUGGCGAAUUUGCCUUUGAUGAUUCAGUGUCAAAUAUCGACCUAGAAGAACAUUGGCACCCAAUAAAGCCGGACAACUCAGAUUUUGUAAUGAUGAAAGCCGCAGACCGACGCAAUGGUGCUCUUUGCCGCUUACGGCACAAGCGAAGUGGACGAAAGGUUGCCCUGUGCACUGCCCAUCUAAUGACAAAAUCAAGAGAUGGGUUGAAGACCAACAAAUUUCCCGGCGAAGUUAGAGCAUGUGAGUUGGCUGCUCUGAAACGACUUGUCGAAUCGACAACACAAGACGAUGAAAUUGUAGUUCUAGCAGGCGACUUCAACACCGACGCCAAAGAAGCGCUUGGCGUCUUUGCUGGAAAAUUCAAGUCAUCAGAUUCUGAAGAAGGAUGCGAAUUUCAAACUGGCUUCGAUGUCAAAUCAAAAACAUUCAGAUGGGGCCCUCAUGUGCUUCAAGAUGCAUUUGCAGAAACUCAUCAGUGGGGGGACGGUGUUGGAGCAGAAACGCACUGCACAUCUCGCAAUGCCAACCGGAUCGAAUGGAUUGACUACAUAUUUCACGAUGGUGUUCAACUAGAAACUUUGGAAUUGUCAAAGUGUGUUACUCCGCCUGCAUUGAUUCCUGAUGAACAAAAUCCCAGUGACCAUCUACCGCUAAAUGCCAAGUUCCGGCUGUUAUAG